AUGAUUAAUACUUCUAUUGAUAAUACUCCUAAUUCAAUUAUUAUUUCUAAUCCUAUUAAUAAUAACAAACCAUUACCUUAUUAUCAAAUAUCUAAAUUAUUUAUAAUGUGUGGUAUUGUUUGUUUAGAAUUUUUUUUUAUUCAUGUUAUUUUAGCUAUAUUAAUGAAAGGAUUUGGUUUUCAUGGUUAUUUCUUUCAAUCAUUAAUUUGUUCAUUAAUUGUCAUUAAUUUAAUGUAUUACAGAUAUAGUAUGAAUAAAAAUAUUAUUACUCUUAAUACUUUUAUUCAAGAAAUUCUUAAAUUUAAUAAAAAUUCAUUUCCAACACUUAUAAUUGCACUAUUAGGAUUAAUUUGUAUUUUAUUUCUUCGAAUCUUUUUAUAUUAUUGUCAUAUUGAUACUUCUGAUUUAUUUACUAAUUUUUAUACUGAUGGACAAUUAGAUAUUCCUAUUAUUAUUGAUACUCUUUUUUUCUCCGUUAUAACUGAAGAAAUAGCAUUAAGGAGAAGUAUGCUUAAUACUAUUAAAAUUUAUACUCAAAAUCCUAAAAACUAUCUUUUUAUCAUAUCAGGAGUUUGGUUUGGUUUAAUUCAUUUCAUUAAUAUCGGUACUUCUUCUUUUACUGUCCCUUAUGUCUUCUUCCAAAUGUCUUAUGGCAUGAUCAUCGGUUAUACUUUUAGUAUCUUCACUGAAUCCCUUGGCAUUUUCCCAACUAUCCUUCUUCAUUCAAUGAACAACGCUCUCGCCAUUAUUAAUCCUUUUGUUUUCUCUCCUUUCCUUCUUUUAUAUGCUACUUUAUCCGCUUUAUUAUUCAUUUAUUUAUCACAUAAAUUACUGAUAACUCAUUCUCUUUAA